UCUUGCUGUAGCGAUAGUGGAGUGAGCAAAGCUAAUGUGGGCUUGUUGGAUUCUGAGCUGAUUUUGUCCGUGGGAUCGCAACGAGAAGCUCAAGUCACGAUGUUGAGAUCAAAACAACAAGCUUACAGCCAACAACACCCAAGCGGGCAAUAUACCCCUGCUCAUACCGGAUCAAGCGCUGGAUUCGCUACAGGCUUCCUACUCGGCCAACUAACAUUGGCAUUGAUCUUGUUCUUCUUCAUCAAAUUCUUCGUCUUCGGGGAGCCACCACCAGCUGACGAACGCGCUGCUAGUCGGGCGGCAGCACGUCGGCAACGUACUCUAUCCCACACCCAGGCUCAAGCACGACAGCGUACCCUUUCCUCUGCGCUCAGGCCUCGACCUAGCAGUGCAGUACUAAAGCCACGGAGCGAAGGCGGACCGACUGUCCAGAAGCUACUUGAGAAGACGUACUAUAACGUCCACGGCCAUCAACCGGAGAGUCUUGACUGGUUCAAUGUGUUAGUCGCGCAAACGAUCGCUCAACUUCGGGCCGACGCGCAGGAAGAUGAGGCGGUCUUGACUUCUCUUACCGCAUUAAUGAACGGAUCAAACAAGCCAGACUUUCUGGACGAAAUUAAAGUGACCGAAAUCAACCUUGGCGAAGAGUUUCCGAUCUUCAGUAACUGCCGGGUAAUACCGGUUGACGAGCAUGGCGUACCCAUCAAGCAGCUGUCCGGGAACAAGGGCGAGAGGCUGCAAGCACGCAUGGACGUUGAUCUCGGCGAUGUAAUCACGCUGGGCAUCGAGACGAAACUCGUGCUCAACUACCCCAAGCCUUUUGUAGCUGCACUACCUGUAGCACUGGCAGUGAGUGUAGUCCGCUUCUCAGGGACGUUGUCUGUCUCCUUCUCUCCAUCUUCACAAUCCGAUCAUUAUCCGACAGCCGAAGGUAGUGCUGCAGCCACCGAGGCAAAGAAUGAGGGUCACCCUCUGAAUCCUACUGGCUCCUCACCAACCACCCUUACGUUCACGUUCCUAGAUGACUAUCGGCUGGACCUAAGCGUGCAUUCCUUGAUUGGCUCUCGCUCACGCCUGCAAGACGUCCCCAAAAUCGCCCAGCUAGUGGAAGCUCGGAUUCACCAAUGGUUCGAUGAUCGCUGCGUAGAGCCACGCUUCCAACAGAUUGUGCUACCAUCCCUCUGGCCGCGCAAAAAGAACACCCGUGGCGGCUCGGCUGAAGACGAGGCUGCCAUCGCGGAUAUGGAAGGUGGCGCAGACCGGGCCGACGAGCAAGCAGUUGUUGACAUGCCAUCGCCGCUACGGGAAGGCACACCGCGGUCGAAGAGGGAAGGCUCCGCUGCUGCUACUGGGGAGGAGACGACUGCGGAGCAACGGACUCGUGAUUGGGCGGCAAGGCAUGGCAAGCCCAGAAGCGAGAUGAGUGAGCUGGAAAUUGCGGGUGCGGAAAUCCGGGAGGCGGAGGAGCGGGCUAGGAGGAAGGAGCAGCGUCCGCAGGCGGGCGGAGUGCGGUUGCGCGCGGGUGCGGGCAACAGCACGGAAAGUUAGAGGGGGGAUGAUCGUCCACGCAAUUGGCCAGCCAGUGGAGCAUGGCAUUUUCUGGCAUUUUUGGACUUUAGCGAGGCGUUGGCGGAAGAACAGCAUGACAUUAGCAUGAUGGCGAGACAUCGGAUCAGCGUUCGGAGUAUCUUAGCUCUUUUCUAGUACACGCCCGGCUGCGCUGAGCAAUAUAUGUGGCAU